AUGUCUUCCUUCAUCAGAAGCAGCAAGCUCAACAAGCCCGGCAGCGGCUUCCAAAUCAAGCCGCGAGGAGUCGCCGGAGCAAGUCGGAUUAGCGAGGCCCUUGGCCAGAUCGAGAAGUCCAAGAAUGCCUCGACAGCCGCCAGCACGACGGGCAAGAGCGCUGCAUCGGCGGCGGCCGACGUCGUCGCCGCGCCUCGCAAGUCGUGUCCCAAUCCGCGAUGUCCCAACCCCUCAGCCCCGAUCAGCGAGGGCUACUGUACCGCCUGUGGUCGUGAAAUCGAUGCGUCCAACAUCGUGGCCGAGGUCCAGUUCGGAGAGACAUCGUCUGGCGCGGCCAUGGUACAGGGGCAGUUUGUUGGAGCCGACCAGUCUACAGCCCGGAGCAUGGGGCCCGGGUUUCGGCGGAUGGGAGGCAUCGCAGACAACAGGGAGAGAACAGCCCGUGAUGCCAAACACCGGAUGAACGAGCUUGCUCAUGCACUGAGUAUCAAUUCAAGUACAGUUGACAUUGCCAUCCAGAUCUUCAAGCUGGCCAUGAACGAGAACUGGAUCCAGGGCCGUGGCAUGGAGAAAGUGAUAGUGGUGUGCCUUUACACAGCCUGCAGGCGAGAGGAUCGCUGUCAGAUCAUGUUGAUUGAUUUUGCCGAAAUCGUCAAGAUCAACGUAUACGAGCUUGGUCAUGUUUUCAAGGACCUGAACAACAUAUAUUCGUUCCAGAACCACAACGUACGAUCCAUCAUUCCUGAAGAUCUUAUGUUUCGGUUCGCCGACAAGCUCGACUUCGGCGAGUUCACAAACAACGUGGCCGAAUCUGCGAUCAAGUUGUGUCGACGCAUGGGUCGCGACUGGAUGGUCAUGGGUCGUCGGCCUUCAGGUAUCUGCGGUGCCUGUCUUUUGAUGGCGGCCCGCAUGUGGAACUUCCGUCGGACUGUGAAGGAAGUUGUGUACGUGGUCAAGGUCACCACCGCCACCAUCGAGCAGCGCUUGGACGAGUUCAACGUCACGGAGAGCAGUAGUUUGACAAUUGAGGAUUUCCUUAAUCAGGAAUUCCUCGAGUCUCGGCACGAUCCACCCUCCUUCUACAAGAACUCGACUGAGUGGAAGGAAAAGCAAGAGAAGGAGCGACAAGAAAACGGACGAAAGCGGAGGAUGAUUGAGGACAUUAGUGAGGACAUCAUCUCCUCCGCGCGUGCGUCAGUCAGCAGAGACAUGCUCCCACCGCCAGUGCCACGGCCAGAGCCAGACAUGUCCAAGUUGCCGCACCAGGUUUCGGAUUUCUUGCCACGAUCGUACGACAACAGCGAGGGCAGCGAGCUAAUCGCACCGUUCGACCCUAAUACCGUGCCAAAACCGGCGCCGCGCAUCACUGCCGCGACGGACGUGGCUGCCGGGCUUACUGCGGAGGAUCCCAAUGCCGAAGAAGCCCUUGAUGAUUUGGCGCAACUCCAUGGCGAAGCCGUUGCAGAAGAGGAAGAGGCGGAACCCGAGCCAAUGCCAGAGGCCGGCGGCAGGCGCGGCCGAAAGCGCAAGCAGAAAGACGAGUUCUCACUCAACUUUGACGAAGAGUGGGAGCGCGACGAGGCCGAGCUGGAGAAGCAGAUCAACGAGGUCAUCAGCGACCCGCACUCGGACGAGCACCAGCGCGCUCUCGCGUCCGCGGCCUUCAGAGCCAAGGUGAAAGCCGAGUGGGCGCGCUCCUUGCUCCCGCGCGUCCAGGUCCCCGACGACGAGACGAUCGGCGAGCACGAAUUUGAUGACGACCCAGAGGUUGCCAACUGCGUCCUGCCUCCCGAGCAGGUCAAGAUCAAAGAGGUCAUCUGGCUCAACUCAAACAAGGCGUACCUCCGCGAGCAGCAGGAAAAGAUCUACCGGAAACAGAUGGAGGCUCUGGGCCCUCCCAAGCGCCGCAGAAACCGGCCCAAGCGGCCCCGCAUGGGCGAAGGCCAGGAGAGCCCGGCGUCGACGGCGGAAGAGGCGGCAAUGCAGGUCGCCGAGCGCCGCGGAUAUUCUAGGCGUAUCAACUACGAUGCGAUCAACAUGAUCUUUGACAAGAACAAGAAGCGCGGGCCCGGGUCCGUCGCAUCGACCGUGUUGGACCGCGACGACAUGAGUCGUCGGACCAGCAGGGCCAACAGUGUUGUCGGUGGCACGCCGCAGCCGGAUGACUCGCGUGGCACUGCUACUGCUUCAGCCACCAUCCGGCAACAGCAGCAAGAUAAGGCGGCGGACGCGAAUAAGAAGAAGGAUGCCGCCACUGCUGAAGAAGAAGAGGAGGAUGAGGAGGAAGAAGAAGAUGCGGUACCGUACGACGACGGGGAAGAUAUGGAGCACCCCGGCUACGACGAGGAGGACUACGAAGAAGGAGAAGGGUACUGGGAUACUUGA